UUAUAUUUCAAGUCAAAACAUACGUAAAAUAUACGUAUAAUUAUGGAUCCAACCAGUUCAAAUGAUGUUGAAUAUAAUCUAUAUCAUCAGGAUGUGUCGCCAGUAUUGUCAACGGACGAAACAUCAACUUUUGAUAUUGAAAGUCCCGGUACUGUGAAGACAAAUUUCGAGGUGGCGGUUCCGGUGGUUUAUCCAGGUGAGGAGCCGACGUUGAAACCGGCGCAUUCUACGGAGCUGAUGACGGAAGCCAUCAGUUUCGUAGAACUGGACCCCAAUGCGCCGGUUGAUACUCCAACUUGUGAAGUUGAAAUGCCCGGUCUCGAGUCGGACAAUAUUGAGGUGGCGAAGUCGGCGGUGUGCCCCGCAGAAGAAGAGACGUUGUCACUGGCGCAUUCCACGGAGCUGAUGACGACGGAAGUCAUCAGUUUCGUGGAAGCGGAUACUAAUGCGCCGGUUGAAACUUCGACUUGUGUUAUUGAAAUAUUCGGUCCCAACAUGGAAAAUGUUGCGGUGGCUGCAACGCCCGCGGUGGCUGCACCGCCCGCGGUGGCUGCACCGCCCGCGGUGGUGAGCCUCACGGAAGUACAGGCAUUGUCGUCAGGCGAGAAAAGAAGUGACAAACAAACAUCUAAUAUUGACAAGGACGUCUUGGUUCCGUUAGAAAAGAAAAAGAGUCGAUUCUUGUCGGCCCUGCGGAGAGGUCUCCGCAGGGUCUUCAAGACCAUCUGCUGUUGUGGGUGCAGUGCGGCUUCAUCAGGCGAGGAAGAUUAUGGAGAUGAAUUUACCCACGAAAUCGAAGCAUUUAAUGAGAGAUUAUCAGUUUAAGGAAAACUUAACUAUUAUUCAUCGAAACUAUUACCGGUCAAAUUAUAUUUUAUCAGUGGUCGCAUUCGUUCAACUCUCACGAACGCCAUCGGUUCUCUCCCCCCCCCCUUUGUUUAUCCAUCUAUCCUGUAACAAUAGCUUUUAAGUACAUCUUAUAAUGAUUGAUUUUGGUUAGUUAAUAUUUAUUUGUUCAUUGUUAUGAAUAUUACUUUUGUUAUAUUAUAAAUAACAUUUUUUGUGUACAAAAUAAAAAGAUUUUGUUUUUCAUUUAUUCA